AUGAGGGCGCCUCUCCUCUCCUUCGUCCUCCUCUUGGCCGUCGUCGCCACCGUGCCCCUGGUCCCGGCGGUGAGCAAGGGUGAAGAAGCUGGUACCGCCGCUGAGGAAAAUGGAGGCUCUAUCAAGCCCCUGUCCCUCGACGGAUAUGGACCACUGGAGAAGGCUGCCAAGAAGCCCAAGGAGCAGAUCUUGGACGCGCAAGCUACUCGGAAGAUGAUUCCCGACACCUAUGAUCAGAAACCCAUUGAAGAACAAGCUCAAAAGGCCACGGCCUCCACUGCUGAUGAGCAACCCGACAAAUAUGUGGCGUCUCUAGUUCCUGAUGAGAAGGAGGAGGAGGAAGCUCCUGCAGAGGUAAAGGAGGAGAAAUCUGAUGAGUCGGCGGAUGAAUCUGCUUAUCACAAGAAGGAAAAGAAGGUAAAGAAGGAAAAGAAGGAGAAGUCGGAUUAUUUGGAUGAAUCCUCAUCAUCCAAGAAGGAAAAGAAGGAGAAAUCUGAUGAUUCUGAUGUAUCUACAUCUUCCAAGAAGAAGAAGAAGAAGAAGAAGAAGGCCAAGACUGAUGAUUCUGACGAAGAUGCAUCGGAAAAGAAGGAGAAGUCUGCAUCUGGCAAGAAACACAAGAAGGACAAGUCUGAUGAUGAUUCGGACAGUACAUCUCCCAAGAAAGAAAAGAAGGGGAAAUCCAUCGAUUCGGAUGCAUCUUAUGCAUAUCUUCAGAAGGAAGAGAAGAAAUCCGGGGAUUCAGACGAAGCCACGUCUCUUAAAAAGCAAAAGAAGGAGAAGAAGAAGAAGGAGGAGGAGAAAUCCGAGGAGAACUCCGAGGAGGACGCUGCGCCCGUCGACGUCUCCACGGACGGCCAAUAUGUGUUUACUCCCAAGGAGGAGAAAUCCGGCGAGGACGCCAUGCCGAUCGACGUCUCCACCACCGGCCAAUACGUAUCUUCUUCGAAGGCCGACGGCAAGCCCAAGGGAGGUGAGCGUCAGAUCUCCACCAAUGCGGAUGCGUACGCGUCUCCAAAGCAGGAAGCCAGUAGCCAGCCCAUAGCCGGUGGUUCUCCCGACGAGGUUCCGCCGGCGGUCAAGAGCCCCGCCACCUCCGACGCAUACACAUCUCCAAAGCAGCAGGUCGUCAGCCCCAUGGCCGGUGGUUCUCCAGACGAGCUUCCGCCGGCGGCCAAGAGCUCCGCCACACCCGACCCGUACUUAUCUUCAAAGCAGCAGGUCCUCAGCAGCCAGCCCAUGGCCGGUGGGUCUCCCGACGAGCUACCGCCGCAUGCCAAGAGCUCCGCCACCCCUGCCCCGUACGCGAACGUGCCCAACGAGCCGGCAGCGGGGAAGCCGAAGCUGUCGAUGGAGACGUUCUCGGGGAUGAUCAGGAGGCCGAUCGCGAAGAUCCUAAGCCCGGUGAUCAAGAGCGUGUGCGCCAAAACGGAGUACCCGGAGGACUGCGAGUCGUCGAUCGGCGGCCUCCCCGGGGCCGCGUCGGCGGCGGCGACGGACAGCGUGGGCGUGCUGAAGCUGGCCAUGGAGGCGGUGCGGCAGAAGGUGAUCGUGGCGAUGAACGCGGCGACGGACCGGAUGAACGUGCCGGGGACGGACGACACGACCAAGGACGCGCUCGACUCGUGCACGUCGUCGUACAGCGACAUCAAGACGAGCCUGGACUCGGUGGACGACGCGCUCAAGCGAGGCGACGUCGACACGGCGCACACCAACCUAGACUCGGUGGAGACGGACAUCACCACCUGCGACGACGGAUUCCAGGAGCACGGCAUCCCGUCGGUCAUGACCGACCAUGACCAGGAGCUCCAGAAGCUCGCCAGCAACCUCCUCUCCAUCGGCGCCGCCAUCCAUCACUAG